ACCCCAAAUCUAACCACCAACCUAGCUACCACAGCCUACCAUAUAUUCUCUAAGCUGAGAAAGUGAGAGUCUGUUAUCUAUUUACACUGAACUAAAUCCAAAAUGCCGACCAAAGGAAUGAGGAGCCUACUCUUUCACCACAAGGCCCCGUCUUUCUCCGUACAUUCUUCACCCUCAAGAUCCUCCAUUUCAUUCCCCACACCUCGCCGUAACCCUAGCGCCGGUAUUAGCUUCUCCGACGCAAUGAUCGAUGAGAUCAUCGGAAACACAGCGGUUUUGGCAAUCAAAUGGGACCCGGAGGCCUCCGCAUACGCCCAAGUAACUUCCAUGUUCUACGAGAGCAAAACCGAAGCUCACCAGUUUAUAAAAUCAGUUAACGACCUCCAGAAGGUUAUGCAGUUCUUGGUCGCCGAGGAUCCUACCUCCGAGAAGCUCGUCCACGGCCACAGCCUCAUGCAGAUAGCCAUGAAGCGGUUGCAGAAGGAGUUCUACCAGAUUCUUUCAACAAAUCGGGCUUAUUUGGAUCCGGAAUCGGUCUCGACCCGGUCCAGGUCUUCCCGCGCUUCCGUCACCACUUCUGACGACGAAAUCGACGACGGAGUUGUGACUGACGAAGAUGUACGUUUUUCUGGAGAGUCUGUCUCCGAAGCUGAACAAGUCUCCUCGGUCGCCAUGUCUGAUCUAAAAUUAAUAGCUGAGUGCAUGAUCUCCUCCGGCUACGCCAAGGAGUGCGUUCACAUUUACAAAAUCAUCAGGAAAUCAAUAAUCGACGAAGGAAUGUACAAGUUGGGAGUGGAGCGAUUUGCCACUUCUAAGAUCAAUAAGAUUAACAGGGACGUCCUCGAUCUCAGAAUCAAGAACUGGGUGACUGCGGUGAAGGUGGCUAUGACGUCGCUCUUCAACGGAGAGAAGAUCCUCUGCGACACUGUUUUCGUAGUCUCAAACUCAAUCAGAGAGUCUUGCUUCACACACAUUGCCAGAGAAGCAGCAACUCUUCUAUUUGGGUUUCCUCAACACCUAGUCGCUAAGAGCAAGAAUUUUUCUUCGGAGGAGAAUAUAUUCCGACUGCUGGAUAUGUAUACAGCCAUAUCAGAAAACUGGCCGGAAAUAGAAUCCAUAUUCUCUUUCGACUCCACCGCCACCGUGCGAACUCAAGCUUUCAACUCGCUGGUCAGAAUAGGUGAGUCGGUUCGGUCAAUGCUGUGUGAUUUUGAAGCGUCAAUUAAUAAGGAAUCGUCAAAAACACCCGCCGCAGGCGGUGGAGUGCAUCCUUUGACUCAGCGCGUGAUGAACUACCUUUCUAUCCUCACCGAUUACAGCAACAUCUUGGCGGACAUUUUCGUUGACUGCCCUCCACCGGCGAAGGGGCUGCUGCCGGAGUAUGACAUCCCCGACUCCAACGACUCUACAGCGCCGCCGAUCUGUCAUCACAUUGCUUGGAUCGUUCUCAUUCUCAUCUGCAAGCUCGACGGCAAAGCUAAGAAUUACAAAGACGUCUCUGUCUCUUAUCUCUUCCUAGCCAACAAUCUCCAACACGUAAUCUCGAAAGUCCGAACUUCCAAUCUUCAGUACCUUCUCGGCGAGCAGUGGAUCGCUAAAUACGAGGCGAAGGUGCGACAGUUCGCCGUCAGCUACGAGCGGUUGGCCUGGGGGAAGGUGUUUUCCACCUUGCCGGAGAAUCCAAGGGAGGAAGUUUCUCAGGACGAAGCGAGGUUGGUUUUCCGGAACUUCAACUUCAGCUUGGAGGAAGCUUAUAAGAAACAAAAAUCGAGUGUUGUACCGGACGAGAAACUCCGAGAGGAAAUCAAAGUGACGCUGAUAAAGAAGCUGGUUUCGGGUUACAAGGAGUUCCAUGAUACGCAUAGGGUUUCUAUUGGGAGUACUAGAAACCUGGCCUCGUGUGUCAGAUUAACCCCUGAAGAUGUUGAAACUUACUUGUCAGACUUGUUUUCCGGGACGAUAGCCCCUGAUAGUUCUUCGUCUCGUCGGCGAUCUCACCGGUAACUGUUUUUUCCGGCCACUUUAGUCGCCGGUUUAUUUUUUCAGAUUGAAAGGCGGUGUAUAUAUGUUGUGUGUAGAACAUUUUGAAUAAGUUAACUAUGUAACGACUUUUUGAAACAUAAUUUAGUUUGUAUUCGUACAAUGACCCUCUGUUGUUUCUGUAUAUUCAAUCAUUGUGCUUCCCUGAGUCCCUGUGUUCAUAUCCACAUU